GGGGAGAAACCUUUUGAAUGCUCAGAAUGUGGAAGGAGUUUCAGUCAGAGUGGCAGUCUUCAAAUACAUCAAAGAGCCCACACAGGAGAGAAACCUUUUGAAUGCUCAGACUGUGGAAAAAGAUUCAGUUGCAGUGGCAGUCUUCAAAGCCAUCAAAGAACCCACACAAGGGAGAAACCUUUUGAAUGUUCAGAAUGUUGAAAGAGAUUCAGGCGCAGAGGCAGUCUUCAAAGCCAUCAAAGAACCCACACAGGGGAGAAGCCUUUUGAAUGCCUUGCAUGUGGAAAAAGAUUCAGUCACAGUAUCAGUCUCCAAAAGCAUCAAAGGAUAGCAAUCUUUUGAAUGCUCAGAAUGUGGAAAGAAAUUCAUUUAAAUUUCUCAUCUUAAAAGGCAUUAAAGAAAACACAUUGGGUAGAAACCACUUGAAUGCCUGGAAUUUGGAAAGACAUUCCAUCACAGUGGCCAUCUUGAACUGCAUCAGAGAAACCAUACAUAGUGUAAACCUUUUGAAUGUUCCGACUGUAGAAAGAGAUUCGGUCCGAGUUGUGCUAUUCAACAGAAUCAAAUAACUCAACAGAGACCUUUUAAAUACUCCACAUGUAGGCUGAGGGUUGUAGUAGCAGGAGCAUACCAGACAUCACACACACAAAAGUUAUAGGUUCCCUACCCCCUAACAUACUCAGCCCUGACCAAUGGUGGUGGGAGGUUGGCUUUUGGGGUGGUUACCUAGUGACCACAGGCUGUCUAAUGCUGUAUCAGUGAAAGUAAGGAAGAAAUGUCAGGAUCCUGCCAAAAGUGAAGUGUGACCUAUGCUGGUCUGGAAUGUGCUAAUCAGCAGGAAACUCUAAAGCUCACUGUAUGUCAAAAGUCCAGGUGCUGGAUGAGAUCAUCCAGAAGGUGAUUGCAUGGGCAGACCCAUCAAAACUACAUAGAACAACAAUGGAACAGUGACUCUAUCUAUCUACCUUCUCUCUUCUUUUUGCCUUGGUGCUUUGCAUGUUCUACUUUGUGAAACAUAUCUACUUACUAUGUAAUAGAAUUAAUGCAAGCUAUAAAUAUAAGAGAUAAAGGGAAGUCCCACAUAGAUAGACUGGGUGGGCAAGGGGUUCUAUUUUAAUAUCUUAUUUAGGGUUAAGCAGGGGCAUAUCUGCCAUGGGGACAUGGUGAGUCAAAUGUCCCUGGACGCCCCCCAUUUGGUCACGUGGGGGGGGAUUCAGGUUCG